GUUCUGGGAGAGCCCGGAGACGGUGUCCCAGCUCGACUCGGUCCGCGUCUGGCUGGGGAAGCACUACAAGAAGUAUGUCCAAGCAGAUGCUCCUACCAAUAAAACACUGGCUGGGCUGGUGGUGCAGCUGCUGCAAUUCCAGGAAGAUGCCUUCGGAAAACACGUCACCAAUCCUGCCUUCACAAAGCUUCCUGCAAAGUGCUUCAUGGAUUUCAAAGCUGGAGGUACAUUAUGUCACAUUCUUGGUGCUGCUUACAAAUAUAAGAAUGAACAGGGCUGGAGAAGUACCUUUCCUCGUCAUAAUAGGCGGAGGUUUGACCUGCAGAAUCCAUCCCGAAUGGAUCGAAACGUGGAGAUGUUCAUGAACAUUGAGAAAACACUAGUGCAGAACAAUUGUCUGAGCAGACCGACCAUCUACCUCAUUCCAGAUAUAGAGUUGAAGUUGGCUAAUAAAUUGAAGGAUAUUGUCAAACGUCACCAGGGAACAGUAACCGAAGAGAAAUCAAAGGCUACACACCAUGUUUAUCCAAGUCCUACCUCAAUGGAUGAUGAUGAAUGGUUGAGACCUGUGAUGAAAAAAGACAAGCAGGUGCUGGUGCACUGGGGCUAUUUUCCAGACAGCUACGACACUUGGGUUCACGCCAAUGAAAUAGAUGCUGAAAUUGAGGAUCCUCCCAUUCCCGAAAAGCCGUGGAAGGUUCACGCCAAGUGGAUUUUGGACACGGAUGUAUUCAAUGAAUGGAUGAACGAGGAGGAUUAUGAGGUGGAUGAGAACAGGAAAACAGUGAGUUUUCGACAGAGAAUCUCCAUGAAAAAUGAAGAGCCUGUGCGGAGCCCAGAGAGGAGAGACAGGAAAGCAGCAGCCAGCACGAGGAAGAGGAAGCAUUCUCCUUCUCCACCCCCCACUCCUGUGGAGUCGAGGAAAAAGACGGGGAAGAAAGGACAAGCAGCCUUAUACGGGAAAAGGAGAGGGCAGAAAGAAGAGGAUGAGCAAGAAGAUCUUACAAAGGACAUGGAAGAUCCCACCCCGGUACCUAAUAUAGAAGAAGUGGUGCUUCCCAAAAAUGUGAACCCAAAGAAAGACAGCGAAAACACGCCGGUGAAAGGAGGAACAGUGGCAGACCUCGAUGAACAGGAUGAGGAGACGGUGGCGACCGGAGGAAAGGAAGAUGAGGAUCCAAACAAAGGUGACCAGAGUCGGUCGAUUGAUCCGGGUGAAGACAACGUCACCGAACAGACCAACCACAUCAUCAUCCCCAGCUACGCCUCCUGGUUUGACUACAACUGUAUUCAUGUGAUUGAACGUCGUGCUCUUCCUGAAUUCUUCAAUGGAAAAAACAAGUCCAAGACUCCAGAAAUAUACCUGGCGUAUCGCAACUUCAUGAUUGACACCUAUCGCUUGAACCCCCAAGAGUACCUGACCAGCACUGCCUGCAGGAGGAAUCUGACUGGGGAUGUCUGUGCUGUUAUGAGAGUACAUGCUUUCCUGGAGCAGUGGGGUCUCAUUAACUACCAAGUGGACCCAGAAAGCCGCCCCAUGGCCAUGGGGCCUCCUCCUACUCCCCACUUCAACGUGUUGGCUGACACCCCCUCCGGUCUUAUGCCUCUCCACAUCCGCACUCCGCAGGUUCCAGCUGCUCAGCAGAUGCUGAGUUUUCCUGAGAAAAACAAAGAGAAACCAACUGAUCUGCAGAACUUUGGGCUUCGCACAGACAUUUACUCAAAGAAGACUUUAGCAAAGAGUAAAGGUGCAAGUGCUGGAAGAGAAUGGACGGAACAAGAGACGUUGCUGCUAUUAGAAGCUCUGGAGAUGUACAAAGAUGACUGGAACAAGGUCUCGGAGCACGUCGGGAGCCGUACGCAGGACGAGUGCAUUCUCCAUUUCCUGAGGCUCCCCAUCGAAGAUCCCUACCUGGAGAAUUCCGACGCGUCCCUGGGCCCCUUGGCGUAUCAGCCCGUCCCUUUCAGCCAGUCUGGCAACCCUGUCAUGAGCACUGUUGCCUUCCUGGCCUCCGUGGUGGACCCCCGGGUGGCAUCUGCCGCGGCCAAGGCUGCCUUAGAGGAGUUUUCUCGUGUCAGGGAAGAGGUUCCCCUGGAGCUGGUUGAAGCUCACGUAAAGAAAGUGCAGGAAGCAGCGAGAGCCUCUGGGAAGGUGGAUCCCACCUACGGGCUGGAGAGCAGCUGCAUCGCUGGGACGGGCCCAGACGAGCCGGAGAAAAUCGAUGGAGCUGAAGAAGAAAAGAUGGAGACAGAGCCAGAUGGGCAACAGUCUGAGAAGGCUGAAAACAAAGCGGAGAGUGAAAUUGAGGAAGGCGAUAAAGUACAAGAAGGAGAAAAUGAGAGAAAUCCAGAAAAAGAGCAAGACAGCGAAGCGACAGCGGAGCCCAAGCCAGAGGAAAAGGAGGCAGAAGAGAACAAGGAGAACGUUGAUGCCGGCAAAGACAAAGAGAACGAGGCCGGGAAGAAGAAAGUGGAACAUGAAAUCUCGGAAGGAAACGUAGCUACAGCUGCAGCUGCUGCCCUGGCCUCAGCUGCCACCAAAGCAAAGCACCUAGCAGCAGUGGAAGAAAGAAAGAUCAAGUCCCUGGUUGCCCUCCUGGUGGAAACGCAGAUGAAGAAGCUGGAGAUAAAACUUCGCCAUUUCGAGGAGCUGGAAACCAUCAUGGACAGAGAGAAAGAGGCAUUGGAGCAGCAGAGACAGCAGUUGCUGACGGAACGGCAGAAUUUCCACAUGGAGCAGCUGAAAUACGCCGAAUUAAGGGCUCGUCAGCAAAUGGAGCAGCAGCACAGUCAGAACCCCCAGCAGCCUCACCAGCACUCCAGUGGGCCUGGCAUGAACCCCCUGGGGGCACCAGCACAUCCAGGCUUAUUGCCUCACCAGCAGCCCCCGCCGUACCCCAUGAUGCACCACCAGAUGCCACCACCUCACCCCCCGCAGCCAGGUCAGAUGCCGGGGCCCGGAUCCAUGAUCCCUGGACAGCCCAUGCCGGGCCGGAUGAUGCCAAACGUGUCGGCCAACAUCCAUCCCGCCGGCGCCGGUCCCCCCCCGCCGGGCAUGUCACCCAUGUCAGGAAACCUCAUUGGACCUCGUGUUCCUCUGGCAGCUCCAAACGGCAUGUAUCCCCCUCCUGCGCAGCCACCUCCACCAGCAGAAGGGGUGACCCCCCCUCCAGCAGGAGCCCCCCCGGCCUCAGCCGCUCCUUAAGCAGCCAAGGAAGAAGGAGCUUCUACAGCAACGUAGUGGUGACCAAAAAAAAAAACAAACCCAAAUUCCUCAGUUAUUUUUCUCUUCCCUUGGGAGGUUUUCACCUCCCCUUGGCCUGCCCUGGUCAAGCACAUACACACAGCAUCUUUUUUACACCACCCCCCCUCUCCUCACCGCUCGGAGCCUGGCAGAACUCGGCAUUCCUUUGGGAAAGCUUUAAAUCAAAGAUGCCAGUGGUGCCUCCGUGUUGCUGCUGGGAAGUCCUUUGCUCUUUGGUCUGUUUGCCUUUUCGGAGCGCGCUCCGCUCUGGUUUCUUUCAUCUUGGUGUUUUGAGCUUUGGGUUCUCCUGGGGAAGGUUAAAAAAAAAUUUAAAAAAAAAAAAUCAAGUUUUUUUUAAGGUGCAGGCAUUAAGUGAGGUUUUUAGGAUGUAGCACGUGCCCUCUCCACCUGUGACUUAAUCUUUUGGGGUCUCCCAGGUAGAUCGAAGCAGCAAGAUGGGAUGUCAAACCAGAGUUUUGAGCAGAGAAGGCAAAUUGAGGGUGUGCUGUACCCCAGGAGGUGCAGGGAUGCCAACCUGUAGCUGAUGGUUCAGGACAGGGGCUGAGUCCUGGGGCUAACUUAUUAAAGAAAAGAUUGAUCCAGUGCUAACGAAGCCAGGAGUGAAUCGAUUGGAAUAAAACCACUCAAUGGUAGGAGUUUUCUUGCUCCAUUUUUUUUACCUUUCUUUUGCCUUUGAAGGUGGUAGUUGGACCUUCCCUCUGAGUAGUUUGGUGCAGUAGCCAACUGAGGAGUAAAACCAUGAUUUUUAGUCCCUCUUUUUGGAGCAUUAUACUUUUUACUUUUUAAAAUGAACAAAAUAAAAACCAAAAAAAAUAAAAACAAAAAAAAAAGAGUAGAUAGGGAAGAAGUGCUAGCAUUUGGGAUGGGGUUGGGGUGGCUGGGGGGGAGAAAGCCAGAACUACCUCCUGCGGAGAGCCGAGGGGGGCAGAGCCUCUCGGGGACAACACGCACGUCACCUUCCGUGGGCUUUGUGGGGAAGGGAAGGGAAACGGCUUCAGCCAGCAAAUCUCCUUGAGUUGAGAUCUCCAGACCUCCAAAAGUGCUGGUUUGCUUGUCAUUACUGUAAAAAAAAAACAACCCAAAAAAUCCUUUGCUGGUUGGGGUUGGGGUUCUCUGCCUUCUUCCAGACCUACAGGGGGUUUGCAGGAUUCCUUGCCAAAUCCACUUGCUUAUUUAAAGGGUGACCAAGUGCAAGGUGGUGGCCUGAGGCUUGACCAGAGAGACAUCUCCCAAACACUCUGAAAACCUGCAGAAUCAUAAAAAAAAAAAGAAAAAAACAAAACAAAACCCAGGAUUUGCUUUGAAGAGCACUCAGGGGAUGGACUCAGAGAUGUUAAUGGUUGAACUUCCCAGCUCCCCAGACCGUGUAGGAGCUCUGCUUUUCCCACCCCCCGGGCCCCGAGACCCCCCCGGUGCCUCGCAGAGAAGGGUCAGGGCCUGCCUGCCUUCCCCCUCCCACAAAGGAAAUCCACCCCUCUGCUCCCUUUUUCCCUUUUCUGGGGUCUUUUGGGGGCCAGCGUGGGGUUUUUCUGGUUCAGACCGUAGUCCAGUUUAGAAUAAAUAACCUCAGGUUGUUUUUAGCGGGAUCCAGCUUCAAAUAUUAAAGGAUCCAGAUGGAGACUAUUUUUUACUGUACUUAGUGAUGAUGAUCCUACGGAGCACCUGAAUUCUUGACACUGUUGUGUUUCUGUAUAAAAAUAAUCCACGUGCUGACUUUUUCAUCUGAUCCUAUGUAUAGGGCCGGUUUUAUUCCUGCGACGCAGCCACCCGAUUUUGUGAAAUAAAACAACAAAAAAGUGGGGUUUUUUUGUACAAA